AUCAUGCAUAACCAAAGCUUCAUAACUGAAUUUGUCCUUUUGGGGUUCUCACAGAAUCCUACUGUACAGAAAAUAGUAUUUGCUGUAUUUUUGUUGGUCUACAUGGCAACUAUUGGGGGUAACAUGUUAAUUGUAGUGACCAUUGUUUGUAGUCCUGCACUGCUGGGCUCCCCGAUGCACUUCUUCUUGGCAUGCUUAUCAUUCCUGGAGGCCUGUUUCUCCUCUGCUAUCACACCAAAAAUGAUUGUGGAUUCACUGUAUAAGAGGAAAACCAUCUCUUACACAGGAUGCAUGAUUCAACUUUUUGCUGAACACAUCUUUGGUGGAGCAGAGAUGAUUAUCCUCACAGCCAUGGCCUAUGACCGCUAUGUGGCCAUUUGCAAGCCCUUGCACUACUCUUCCAUCAUGAACUGGAGGCUCUGUGGCAUUCUGAUGGGGGUGGCCUGGAUAGGGGGCUUCUUGCAUUCCAUUAUACUGGUUCUUUUCACUUGCCAGCUGCCCUUUUGUGGCCCUAAUGUCAUCGAUCAUUUUAUGUGUGACUUGUACCCAUUACUGGAGCUGGCCUGCACUGAUACUCACAUCCUAGGUCUUUUGAUGGUUGCUACUAGUGGAUUUAUGUGCAUUAUAAUCUUCUGCUUGUUGCUUGUUUCCUAUGGUAUCAUCUUGUUCUCCCUGAGGACACACAGUGCUAGAGGGAGGAGGAAAGCUCUGUCCACCUGUGGAUCUCACAUUGCUGUUGUGGUUUUGUUCUUUGUACCAUGCAUAUUUAUAAAUGCACGGCCUCCUUCUGUCUUUCCUUUUGACAAAGUGGUGGAAAUGUUUUAUACCAUCCUCACUCCCUUGCUCAAUCCUUUGAUUUAUACAUUUAGAAAUAAGGAAGUGAAAAAUGCUAUAGGAAAAACGUGGAAGAGAUGGGCAUUAGUUUCUGAUGAAAAAUAA